CCUCGCUCGGUGCUCUCGCCAUCCGAGAGCGUGUUUUUGCUCUCGCUCGGGUGAGAUUUGGUCGCUCGCUUGCAUUGCAAACGACGAAGGCUUCUCUCGCAUCCAACCCGAUUCCCCCCAUCUCCAAGCACGACUCUGGCCUUAGUCAUCGCUUGACUCCUGGAUUUGGACAGCCGUCCUCAUACGCCCCACGGUCGCUGCGGAACAGAAAGAAAAUCGCCCCCAUCGCCACGGCUAUUGCCCAACCGUUGCCGCAUCCGCACAUUCCUGCUCGUUGAUCGCCCGGCAUUCCAUCUCCCCUCUUCCCUCCCAUCCGGCUCAACGCCUGAGACUUCCCCGAAAAUGUCCAAUGCUCCGGAUCGGCACGAGCUCUUUUUGAUUCCUGAUGGCGAGAAAAAGGUAUCCAUGGUCAAUGACACCAAGUUCCCCAAUGUCGCCACAUUCACUUUCUUGCGAGAAGAUCACACGAUAGGGAAUCUCAUCCGCAUGCAGCUACUGAAGAACCCCAAGGUGCUGUUUGCGGGAUACAAGAUCCCGCAUCCCCUCGAACACAACUUUGUGCUGAAAAUCCAGACCACACCCGACACGAGCCCGCUGGAUGUCCUGCGGCAAGAGUUCCGCAACCUGGAGACCGAGAUCAACUCGAUCAAGACCAAAUUUGAGAACGAGCUUACGCUCCACGGCAUGUCCCAGACCAACGAUUUUGGAGAUCUGCGCUAUAGCAGCAACGUCGACCGGAACUUUUGAGCCGGGCUGGGCCAAGCCCGGUAGAUACGAGACCGAGUCAAGCUCGCGGCUGGUUGCAUCUACGACGCCAAUACAUAUGGCUGCUUGUGCACGGAAUGGAAUGCUCGUCCGCUUGGUCUGGUGGUGAGUCGGCGGCGGUUCCAAGCGGGCCUGGAACGGAGCAGCCAGCGGAGACGGAGCGAGGCGACGACGACGACGACGACGACGGAGAGCCAAACGAAACCAGCA